UGAUCACAGCAACCAGAAUGGUUUUCCGCCAUAUUGUACGGAAAGUGCAUCAUCUUCUCUCUGGUUGCGUUCAUUAAUUUUUUUUAAGAACCAAACACAAAAAUACCGUGUCUCCUCGAUAUUGCAGCGCCAAUGUCUCAUCGUGACAGACACCGCGAAAAAGACAGAAGAAGAGAUAAAUCUCGAUCAAGAAGUCGCUCUAGGAGCUCAAGAAGAGAUCGAGACAGUAGAAGAGACAGAUCACGGUCCAGAAGCCCACGAAGAGAUAGAGAUCAUGAAAGUGACAGGGGCUUUAGAGGAGCUGGUGGAGGAGGAAGGAGUGCUCAGCCAGGAGGUGCAUUGCGCAAACCUAAGUGGGACCUAGGCAAACUGAUAAAAUUUGAAAAAAACUUUUAUGUUCAGCAUCCUGUUGUUGCAAACAGAUCACGGGAUGAAAUUGAAAGAUUUUAUGCCGAGAAGGAAAUCAGUGUUUAUGGAAAGAAUGUACCAAAUCCUAUAUUCUCCUUUGAAGAGGCAGGGUUUCCAGAUUAUGUCAUGCAUCAGAUACGAAAAAAUAGCUGGAAUGAACCAACUGCAAUACAGUCCCAAGGGUGGCCUAUUGCUUUAUCAGGUCGUGAUUGUGUUGGCAUUGCCCAGACUGGCUCAGGAAAAACGCUAAGUUUUAUACUUCCAGCCAUUGUGCAUAUAAACCAUCAGCCCAGUCUAGAGCGUGGAGAUGGCCCUAUAGCACUUGUUUUGGUACCUACACGUGAACUAGCACAGCAAGUACAAGUUGUUGCCUCUGAGUUUGGUCAGACGUCACAGAUUCACAACGCUUGUGUUUAUGGUGGUGCUCCUCGAGGUCCCCAGAUCCGAGAAUUGGAAAGAGGGUGUCAAAUCUGCAUUGCUACUCCUGGACGUUUGAUUGACUUUCUUGAAUCGGGACGAACCAAUUUGAAACGCACAACAUACCUGGUUCUGGAUGAAGCUGAUCGUAUGCUGGAUAUGGGUUUUGAGCCACAGAUUCGAACUAUUUUGGAACAAAUAAGGCCUGAUCGCCAGACGCUGAUGUGGAGUGCCACAUGGCCUAAGGAAGUGCAGAAACUGGCAGAGGAUUUUUUGUCCAGUUACAUUCAGGUUAACAUAGGAGCCCUUCAGCUAACAGCCAACCAUAAUAUUCUACAAAUCAUUGAUGUUUGCAUGGAACAUGAGAAGGAGGAAAAGCUAUCCAAAUUAUUAAAAGAAAUUAUGAGGGAAAAAGAUAACAAGACAAUCAUCUUUGCUGAAACCAAGCGAAAAGUUGAUGAUUUGACCCGAAGAAUAAAAAGAGAAAGAUGGCCAGCCAUUUGUAUUCAUGGAGACAAAUCACAGAGUGAGCGGGACUGGGCACUGAAUGAGUUUAGAACUGGCAAAUCACCUAUCCUAGUUGCUACGGAUGUAGCAUCACGAGGCUUGGAUGUUGAUGAUAUCAAGUUUGUCAUCAACUUGGACUACCCAAAUAACUCUGAGGACUACGUGCACCGCAUCGGACGCACUGCUCGUAGCAAUAACACUGGGACAGCCUACACCUUUUUUACUCCUAAUAAUGCCAAGCAGGCCAGUGACCUCAUAGGUGUUCUGCAAGAGGCUAAGCAAGUUGUGAAUCCCAAACUUAUCCAGCUCGCAGAAAAUGCCAGGGGAGUGAUGGGCCGUGGCAGAUACCGAGGACGCGGCAAAGACUCUGGUGGUCACCGAGAUCGCUUUGAGCGUGGGGGAAGCCGAGAGAGAGAUCGUGACCGACGUGAUAACCACAAAGAAAGAGAUGGUGAACAAAGUUCUGGCAGAUCAUCACGCUUUUCUUCUGCAGCUAUUGUUUCUGCAUCACUGCCAUCUCUACUCAAUCUUCACAACAAUAACACAAAUGCAGCUACCCCUACUGGUCAGCAAACGUCAGUCAUGGGUGUGUCAAGCCUCCAGCAAAAUAUGAGCAAUGGUGCUUCUGCAUCACAGUCACAAAAUAGUUCUCAAUUUCAUCAGAAUGCAGGUAGCUUUAGGCCAGCCAUGACUCAGAACUUUAACCCAGUCAGCAUCCCGUCAGCCCAAAUUAACCAUAAUGGAGGCAGCUUUGGGCAAGGUGCAUCUGGACAGAAUUAUGGAAGUCAGCCAGGAGCUCAGAAGCAGCCUCCUCCAACAACCAAGCCACAGUUCAGCAUGGGAUGGAUCAACCAAAAUUUUGUUCAUAAGGAUAGCAACAGCAAAAUGGGAGCUGGUCUAAACACCAAUCCUAGUGGCCAGGGUAUUGGCUCUGGUGGAAUAGCUGCUAGUAGUAUGGCUGGUAAAUUUGUUGGUUCACUUGUAAGAAGUCCUGGAGCUUUGAGCGGCAGCCAUGGUGUGGGGAGUAACAGCACUGGAAUCAGUGGAAAUCAGAUGAACAUGAAUGGUCCUCGUGGGCCUGGUGGGGCUGCUACCCGGCAGUUUCACAAUUCCUUCAACCCUCCACCACCUCCAAAUAUGCAGGGAGCUGCUUUUCAGCAGCUUCCUCCACCACCACCACCACCACCACCUGCAGUUGGUACUAAUUAUAUGACAAAUCAGUGGCAACAGCAACAACCUUUAGUUCACAACUCAGCCAUGGGGAUGCAGCAACAGCAAAACUGCACUCUAGCUCCCAGUGGUGGUAUGGGCAUCCAGCAUCAUCCUGCAGUCUCCACAGUUACAAUAGAAAUGCAGCCACAACAAACAAGCUGCUCUACAAUGCCCAGCACCAUGGUAAUGCAGCAGCAACCCAGCCUUCCUCAUGUACCCAAUGCAUCCAUGGGAAUGAUGUUUGCUCCACCACCUCCACCCCCGAUGAACCAACCUCCUUUUGCAGGUGUACCCAUAAACCAACCCCCACCGCCUCCACCACCACCUCAGCCUCCCAUGAGUCAGCCACCCCCACCAUCUCAGCCAUUCAGCCAGCCACCACCUCCUCCUCCACCUGUUCAGGGAUUUUAAUGUAAAGUUAACAGUUAGUUCCUUUAGACAGCAAGUUUGUCUUCAGUCAGUAGAUUUACAGAGCAUUAAAUGAUGUCCCAAAGUUGGUCGUCUUUCCUAGUUUCAUGUUUGGAGCAGGAAUACAAUAGAGAGCUUUUUGCUUUUAUGAAACCUUAAAGUUAAAGGGAGAAAUUACUGUGACAUGGUAUGUACAAUGCUUCCGUUUAACAAGGGCAAUGUGUUUCAUAAAACAGUUUUUAUAUAUAAUCGCAAACUGAGUUCAUAAGCAUAAAACCUUAUAUGAUUCACACAAAAGGAGGAAUUCCUAUACUUUGUUAUCUAAAAAAAAAAUUUUACUCAAGAAAAUUGCAAUGCUGAAAUUUGAGAGUUGAUACAGUUUGGCUGCUGUUUUUAGGCACAUAAAAUUAAUGAGUAAAAAAAAUGUGGAGCAUGCAGGCAUGCAAGUUUGUUUGUGUGCACGCAUGGGUUGUAUGCUUUGCAAUAGCAUAUGUGCAUACAUGUAUGUGCACAAAUGUACUCUUUAGUGAAAAACAUAUUGAGGAAUGUGAUUUUCAAAAUUUAUGUGACUUUACACUGCUGUUAUGCAAUUAGAGUUUUUAAAUCUGAGUCUCCUAACAGAAAUCACAGAUUUUGUGGUCUUACUGCAAGUACUUAUUAGAAUGUAGCAGUAGUGUGCGUCACUCUGUAUUUUACACCAGUAGCAAAUGUCUUGCAUGUAUGUUGGGAUGUUGACAUCAAAGGUGGCAUGUUGCUUGCAAAAGGGCAACAGCAUUGCACAGCUACAAAGGGAUUCAAAUUGUACAGAAGCUAGUUGUUGCUUGCUGUACAAUCAGAAAGUUAUUUCCAUGUUAACCUAUUUAAGUACAUUUAUGAUCAUCUUCCAUAUUAGUGUAUUCUUUAAAACUGGUAUGACUGCUUUUAGUGUUCGCACAUCUUUUCGUUGGCUUUUGGGCAUAACUGUAAUCUUAAAGAAUGAAGAUCUGAAUGACUUAAAGUGGAAAUGUUGAAGUUUUUGCUCAAAUAAAUGCAUUGAAAUACCAAAAGAAAACCUUAGCCCAAGAGUUCUUCUUUAAAGAUGCCAUUCUUCACGAAAAGGUUUAUUACUUUUUUUUUUACAAAUAGUUUUUCAUAUUUACAUUGGUGUUUGCAAUAACUGUUAAAAUUGCAAAUUUAGUUUAAGAAAAUUGUUGGCCGACUUGACGAAAAUACAGCUAUCAUAGUAAUGGAACUGCUCUUCAUGCCAUAGUGGUGAAAUGGGAAACAAGAUUAUAAAGAAUAAAAAUUCUAGAAUGUAUGAAUUACAGAUUUCAAAUAAAGUUCGAAAGAAUGAGUGCUGCAGAAUUUCUUGAUUAUACUUUAUAUGUUAUACAAAGUUUUUGAGCAUGAAACCAAAUUUGUAAAGAUUCUGUUUGGUUAAUAAAAGCAGUGCUGUCAUUGUCUUGAAA